ACAGCGAUUACGCUCUCCAAUGACGCCGGAAGUUUCCUCUCCCGGAAGUGGGGGGGCGGGGGAGGAAGCGGACCGGAAGUGCAGGGCAGCGGGGGCAAGAUGGGGUGCGAUGGCGGCACCAUCCCCAAGCGGCACGAGCUGGUCAAGGGGCCCCGCAAAGUCGAGAAGGUUGACAAAAAUGCUGAGUUGGUGGCAAGAUGGUACUACUGCGCUCUGAGCCAAGAGAAGUUGUGCCGGCCAAUUGUAGCCUGUGAGCUGGGCAGGUUGUAUAAUAAAGAUGCCGUCAUUGAAUUUUUGUUGGACAAGUCACCUGAUAAAACUCCUAUGGAAGCUGCGUCACACAUCAAGAGCAUUAAGAAUGUAACAGAAUUAAAGCUGGCAGAUAAUCCAGCUUGGAGUGGUGAUAAAGAGAGUAUAAAAGGUGACAAAUACGAUGAUAUCCAGUCUGCACGCUUCAUAUGCCCUGUGGUGGGAUUGGAAAUGAAUGGAAGACACAGGUUUUGCUUCUUGAGAAACUGUGGCUGUGUGUUCUCUGAACGUGCUCUCAAGGAAAUUAAAUCAGAAGUUUGUCACAAGUGUGGCGUUCCCUUUCAAGAGGAGGAUGUGAUUGUCCUUAAUGGUAAUAAAGAAGAUGUGGAAGUAUUGAAGAAAAGGAUGGAGGACAGAAGGCUUAAAAGUAAAUUAGAAAAGAAGUCGAAGAAGUGUAAGGCAGCCGAAUCAGCUUCUCAGCAGGACAGCGCUGCAGAUUGUCCAGGUCCAUCAAAGGCAAAGAGUGGAAAGGAUUGUAUCAAAUCCAGUUCUGGGGAGAAGAGGCAGAUUAUCUUCACCAAAAGUUCAGAUAAUGGAAAUUCAUCCGUACCAGGAAAAGUCAAUAAGGCUUCUUCUACCACCAAGAGAUCUAUUGCGGACAGCGAGGAGAAAUCUGAAGCAUACAAAUCUAUUUUUACAUCACACAGCUCCGCAAAACGUUCGAAGGAAGAGUGUUCCAAUUGGGUUACUCACACAGCAUAUUGCUUCUGAAACAAUGAUGAGCCCGAUCCUAACAUUACUGCUUUCCUUCCCCGAGGCUUUCUCUGGACUACUCUGAUACAGAACUUUUCUUGUAAUCUGAUAUUAUCUGUUAUUAUUCCGUUUGCAAGUUGUUUAUAAACUUGUGAAUAGCUAAUGAACUUGUUAGUUGCAACUUCUGUUAAAUAAGAAAUAGAGUGUUAGAAGCCAUGUUGUAUCAACAAACCUCUUUCUAAAAUGAUGGAUUAUUUGCACAAAAAUGUCUCUUUUCUCCUCCUGGUUGGAUGCUGUCAUUCUUCAUCACACGAGUUGGUGUCCUCAGUAGUACGAGUGAGGGCAGCAGGAUCUGCCUCCUGUCCUCUGCUGCUGAGCUGAGCCACAACUGUAAUUAUAGCGUUCAACAUAUUAGUAGAGAAAUUUAAACCUUUUGAAACUUUCUGACAGUCAAAAGAGCAAUAACGCUUGUCAUUUGGACCAGCUAACUGGGCCCUCAGUAGAACUAGUUUGUUUCUUAAAGGUUCUGUAGGUGUUUUCAAGUAAUCUGCCUUUUGAUGGAAUAUAUGAAAGCAUAAUCUUGAAAGCAUCUGUACAACAUUCUUAUUGUACUUACUGUUGUAGCCUGUUUUUGAUAACAGGGUAUUCACUUGUAAGUCAUUAUCUAUAAAGACGAGCCUGUAAUAGGCUAUUUUUUUUCCCCAGAAGGUUUUGGGGGGUUUCUUUGUGGGUGUGGGUCUUAAAGUUAGAAGUAUCAGGUCUGAGCUUGCUUUCUUUUGUCAGAGGAUCAGAAUACAGUGGGAGCAAAGUAUGAGUUUCCUUCUCUGCUGAAACAAUAAGAUUCUGUGUACAUCUCUGAGGAGCAAUUUGCUGGUUUGAAUUCAGCAGCUUACCACGAACAUAGAAGCGUUUACACAGGGUGAGAGAAACCCGGGUGGUGACAGAAGAGGAGGAGGCGGAUCUGCACUGGCUUUUUGGGGAGAAACGACGGGGCAGCAGCGUCAGGCGAGUCAAAGCCCUGGUGGCCGAUGGAGGGAACCCCCAGGGCUGGAAUGAGCUGCCCAGGACGUUUCUCUUUCGCUUCUCAGGCUGCUGAAAUGUGCUGCUUUCACAACAUCUCUAGUACACAUUGUUUUAUUUUCUGACAUAAAAUUCUUAACAGCAAACAACUUUUUGACUGUUAGUUGCUUGUUACAGAAAGAUGCUAAGCAUAGUAUGUCGCUCAGUUUUAUCCCCGCGAUGUUGAUUUAGAUAGAACUUGCUUUUGUCUUAUGGCCAUAACACUUCAAUUGAAUAGUUACACAUGUGCUUAAUUUGUCAGCAUUAGAACAGAAUAACCUUUUAUGGGCUUUCCUUUGGCCCUUUUAUUAUUAGCUUUUUUCCAAGCACAGGAAUCCUUUUAAAAUGUUAAUGUUCCAUAGCAAGGAUUUAGUGGCUGAAUAUUUGAAUCCAAUAAUACCUACAUGAAAUAACUAGAGGGAGAGAUGGAAGCUUUUCACCUUCCUUUCUUCAUCUUUUAAAAUUAAAAUAUGCUUUUAUGAUCCUGGCACAAACUAACCAGAAUAGAAAUGCAGAAAGUAGGAGGCUUUUAAAACCACUGCAUGAUGUUACAUUGUUACUUUUGUGUGUGAAAAUGAUUAAUUAUCCUCAUAAUUUAUUUUUAAAAGUGUCCCCGUUUAUAAUUGCCAAUAGUUAACUGGAGAUUCAAAUGCUGUGUUUAUAUUUGCGUAGGUGGUCUCCGUGUUUCAAACAUGUUGAAUGAAACUACUAGGAUUUUAUUGCUAUUUUGAUAGGUAUAAUUAAAAAUUGGCUUGUUGUGGAAUUUAUAUAGUGGUAAGCAUUUUUGUUUCCCACAGAUGCGAAUGCGUAUACACAGCACAUCAAACAGUUUGAGGUUUACUUGAGCUUCCAGGAAGCGCUCAGCCACAUUUUAUAUGCACGUCUAGUAAUCACCUUUGUUCUCCCUGUUCUGUGUUCUUUUCAUUAUUAACCUUUAUUAUUUGUUAGUUACAGAUAAUGAAAUUACUGCACUAAAAGAUAGACUAUAGUAGGCCCUUUAUUUGCGGUCUAAUUCUCUUUUGACAAUAGAUGUUAAAGCCCUAUUAGUGUUUUAUAGGAGUGCGCUGUUCUCUUUAAAUCAGUUAUAAAUCCUAAGGGGAAUUAAUGCUUUUGAUUUAGCUAUUACUUUGCUAAAGAAUAUAAGAAAACAUAAUACGCAGUUUUUCUUCCCUUUUCUUGAUAAUAUAUUGGGCCAAGUCCAGCCUGCUGACUUGGUAACAAGCGUUCUUGCUCAUUAGGGCAUAAUAGUGACUUAUUUUUUCAGUUUAACCUGCUCAUUUAUUAAAAUAAGUUCAUGAUUACCGUGA